GUCGCGAUUGGUCAAUGCCCACAAGGAAGGGCCUCCACACUAAAAAGAACCGUUAGCACUAGGAGCGCUGUUGCGAAGCCGGGGUAUAUUGUACCAGGAGAUAGAUCGCUUACACGACCACCGGACCCGUCUGGGGAAACUCCAGGUCCAAAUAACGACGGCCUCGCAUCAUAAUAUCCAAUCGCCCAAUAUGAGCGAGACAAGAGGCCUAAACGAAACAGAGUGCUGCAACGACCGGUGCUUCAUGUCCGCUGCACCUACAUUUGACACGGCCCGGAUAGAUUGCUUAUACUUAGUUCCAACCUAAGUUCUUGUUUACCCAACCUAACUGGCGGAGUUCUGGCUUCGGGCGGACAAUGGCUGCUCUGAUCUUCUCGCAAGAGGCAGGCACCGGCCAGGUCGCAGCUUCUAUAUAACACAAGAGUCCUGCGGUAUCGGUUGCGCUGUAGUUCCAGUUCCAGGCUGUGGCUUGUCGAUGUUGCUCGUGGCCGUCACCUCGUUCAUCUUCCGUCCCGGGGGCAUAUACCCCAAUCAAGGCUGCUCGCUCGCUCUCUUCCUACCUGACGACAUCUUGUCUCUGGCCGCGCGCAGCAAUAGGCCCGAGACGCAUUCCUGUCUCGCCCACCCGCCGGAAUCUGAGUCUGAGUCUUGCAGCAGCAAUACCUACCUACCCAGGUCAGGUAUUUUAUUUUAAAGUUUGCACAAGGUCACUCCCUUCGAACCUAGCUCCCUUGCCGCGCCCCUAUUUACAUACGCUCCCUCAAACCUCAUUUCCUCGUGGGUCCAAGUUUGUUCAAACGGUUCGGCUGGUCACGCCUCACCUCUCACACGCCUUCUUCGCCAUUUAUCUCAGCGGCCUUACGCAACUUCUGCCGUCUCCGAUCGUCUCGGAUAUCUGCCCACCAUGGCUACCGGAAAGCGAUCUCUGACUUCGCUCGGCAGCGGGAGCGGGCAGUCGGGACAGGUCACCCAGACCGACACGACUCCUCAGAUGAGCGACGUCGAGAAGAUUGCCCCGGCUUCAGGUCCUCCGGGAGCGGCUGUCGGGGGGGAUGAGGACCUCUACAAGCCUAAAAGUGUCAAAUUCUGGGUCACGAUCCUGUGUAACUUUCUCGCCCUCUUCUUGGUGGCCCUGGAUCGCACCAUCAUCGCCACGGCUGUCCCGAGAAUUACGGACGAGUUUAAUUCUCUGGGCGAUAUUGGUUGGUAUGGCUCCUCAUACAUGCUGACGACGGCCUGUGCCCAACUGGUUUUCGGCCGCAUUUAUAAGUUCUACGACAAGAAGUGGACUUUCUUCACAAGCAUUCUGGUUUUUGAGAUCGGCUCGGCUAUCUGCGGAUCCGCUACAAACUCGAUUGUCUUCAUCCUGGGUCGAGCCAUUGCCGGCUUGGGCGGAGCCGGCAUCUUUUCCGGCACACUUCUGGUUCUGAUCGAUAUGGUUCCACUGCAUAAGAGGCCCCAGUUCCAAGGCCUUUUUGGUAUGGUCUUUGGGUUGGCGUCUGUGAUGGGUCCUCUUGUCGGCGGUGGUUUUACUGGAGGAGCUACCUGGAGGUGGUGUUUCUACAUCAACCUCCCAAUUGGUGCCGUCGCCUCGGUUUUUCUCUGGUGGUGGUGGACUCCCAAAACGGAGGAUCAUCCGCCGGCCCCUUUCAGCCAACAUGUCAAACGCCUGGAUCCCAUUGGUAUACUGUUUCUCUUCCCGGGCAUAGUCUGUCUCUUCAUUGCCUUGCAAUGGGGUGGGUCGACCUAUGACUGGAACGACUGGCGCAUCAUUGUCCUGUUUGUCUUCUUUGGACUCUGCACUAUCGCCUACACCACGGUCCAAAUCAAGCUGCCCGAGACCGCAACCAUUCCACCGAGGGUAAUUACGCAGAGGAGUGUGUUCUUUGGCACCCUCUACACAUUCUUCCUAUCAGGAUCCAUGCUAAUGCUGGUGUACUAUGUGCCAAUCUGGUUCCAAACGGUCAAGCAAGUCGAUCCGAUAAAGUCGGGAAUCUACACUGUGCCACUGGUGCUCAGCUUGGUCUUCUCCAGCAUAGGCUCUGGGUUUGCCACCCAGGCAAUUGGCUAUUAUGUACCGUCCAUGAUCGUGGCGCCCAUUUUGAUGUCGAUCGGUGAGGGCCUUCUCAGCACCCUCACAGAGGACAGUCCUUCAUCUCACUGGAUCGCCUACCAGUUCCUGGCUGGUUUUGGCGUGGGCUUCGGCAUGCAGACUAGCGGUCUUGCUGUCCAGGCGGUGCUCUCCAAGCAAGAUAUGCCGGCGGGAAUUGCUAUCAACUUUUUCGUACAGCAGUUGGGUGGUGCCGUCUUCACCUCGGUCGGGCAAACAAUUCUCAGCAACAUUCUCGUGUCCCAGUUGCAGGAUAUCCCUGGCAUUGGCGGAUCCAGGAUCAUUGUGACCGAAGGCGCCACACAUCUCCUUGACAGAGUAGGGCCCGAGUACAGGUCUCAAGUAGUAGACGCCUACGAAUUCGCAUGCAGAAACAUAUUCCUGGCAGCACUCGGAGUGGUGCUGGUCGCCUUGCUUAUGGCAUUUGGCAUGGAGUGGGUCAGCAUUAAGAAGAAGCAGGGCCCCGGAGGUCCAGGAGGUCCAGGCCAGGCAGCAGGUCCGCCAGCACAAGGAGCCAACGAGGGACCCGUCCUAUCUGCCACAACAACAGAGAAGGGAACCGACGCUCUCAAGCGCCACAGCAAGUCAUCUUCCUCAGGACGGGAUAGCAUCUCGCAGCAGAAGCCUGACGAACCCAAGAGCGAAAAAGACACGGCAGUAAUCGAGGGGGCUGUCCCCACAACAAAAGCUGCCCUUUAAGGCUCUGAAGCUUUUCUAAUCAUGUCAAACAAACACUACGGUCUCAUAUUUUUACAGGAGUUGGCAUUGGCUGCGGCGUCCGUGGCGUUUGGAAGGCUGUCUUUCUUGAGGAUUUACUUUUACGUGUACGAUGGGAAAGAUCAGGGGAGCGAUUAUACCGGAAGUACAAGGCCAUGGGGACAUACAGCCGUGGCGAAGAGGAACAAGCAAUGAUUUAAACACGGGAGAAGGUUGCAUUUUUAGCUUAGAUCUGUAUGAUGACUACUGUGGGGAUCGCAGAAAUAACGAUACCUCAUCGCUUCUCAACCACUACGUUGUUGUAGAUAGGAAGGAGAUUAAUUUGCUCAGCUCUAAUAACAAACAAAUAAGAACCUUGUCCCGAUA